CAACAGCGUGCUCGAGAUUAUAAGCACAAGGAAAUACAAGGAAAUAAGAGUACAGAGAUGCCAACUGGUAGGCUGAGCGGCAACAUCACCCAGGACUGGGAGCCGGUGGUUCUGCGCCGUACGAAGCCGAAGGCGGCGGACCUCAAGUCGUCGAAGGCGGUGAACCAGGCGCUGCGGUCGGGCGCGGCCGUGGAGACGGUGCGCAAGUCAGCGGCGGGCAUGAACAAGCACUCCACGACGGUGGCGCCCGCGCGUAAGCUGGACGAGACGACGGAGCCCACGGCGGUGGAGCGGGUGGCUGUGGAGGUGCGCGCGGCCAUUCAGAAGGCGCGCGUGGCCAAGGGAUGGAGCCAGGCAGAGCUGGCGAAGCGCAUCAACGAGCGCGCGCAGGUGGUGCAGGACUGCAGGAGUACGAGAGCGGCAAGGCGGCGCCGGCCCAGGCCGUGCUUGCCAAGAUGGAGCGCGCUCUCGAGGUCAAGCUCCGCGGGAAGGGCGUCGGCGCGCCACUGGCGGCCGUCGGGAAGUGAUCUGAUGUGAUGGGGACUUGUGCAGAUUGCAACGUUGAUAGCUUAACCUCUUUUUUUGAAUCGGCUGGUUCGGAUGUGCAGUUUGUGUUUGUAGGAUCGUAAUUGGGGGAAUACUAUAUGAUGUGAAGGACUUGUUGCGAUGUUUGAUUGGU